AUGGACCCAACAACUGCCAAGCCUGAAUCGGAAGAAGAAGAUACCUGGGAAACGCUAGAUGAUGAUGCUCUCACCCAACAGCUCGAUCAACUCAAACUUGAAGCCAGUGCGAAAAUUAACCAGAAAAGGACAACGACGCCUUCAACUAGCCAGAGCUCAUGGGAUCCAAAGAAUUUACCGCAUGUGCUCGAGCUGUAUGAUAUUCCGGCUAGCCAAUCCCUGCGAGAUUAUAAAUCAAAGUUCUUGGAAGCCGGCUAUGAAGUGGAAGUAAAGAAAGCUGACGGCGAUAAUGCUUUUGUCGUAUUUGAGAAUGAAAGACGGGCCCGUGACUUUUCCAUCUUUCAAAAACAACCAGAUAUCAAGUUACGCACGCUGGCCGCCGCAUCCAAAAAGACGCAGGAGCGAGCGUUGCAGUUGAGAGACGAUUUACGGGCACGUCCAUCUGUGCGUCCAAAAACCACUGGAUCGGUUGCUAGACGACUGAUCGAAGGGUCUCUUGGGAUUAAAAGCACAGCUACGGCUGAACAAAAAGCUCAAGAACGGGCAACCAUCAAGGAAAUGAAAGACGCGAAGAAAAAUGCUGCAGCCAUUUGGAAU